CCACGGGCUAUGAGAAUAUUCCCGUCACAGCUGUCAAGUAGUUCAGAGGCGGUUGUGUCCUGUGAUCUCGUUUAGUGUUAAAUUAAAAUAAAGUCUCUCUAAACUACGAUGAAAAUCUGGACGAGUGAGCACACUUUCAAUCACCCCUGGGAGACGGUGGCCACUGCCGCCUGGAGGAAGUACCCCAACCCCCACAACCCGGCAGUGAUCGGCACCGACGUGGUGGAGCGCCAGGUCGUCGACGGGGUCCUCCACACCCACCGCUUAGUCAGCUCGAUUUGGUACUUCCCCAAAUGGGCACAGGCCAUAAUUGGUAGCGCCAAAGUAUGUUACGCGCGUGAGCACUCAGAGGUGGACCCCUUCGCUCGCCGAAUGAUCCUCAGGACAAUAAAUUUGACCUUUUGUCGACAUAUCGCCGUCCAUGAGACACUUAACUACCUCCCGCAUCCAUCAGACUCCAGCAAGACUCUCCUCAAACAAGAAGCUGUAGUUACGGUGAAAGGAGUCCCCCUCAACACCUACAUGGAGGACCUCCUCACUAACAAAAUCUCAAACAAUGCCGGUAAAGGCAGACAGGCCAUGGAAUGGGUGAUAAAAAAGUUGAACGACGAGGUGAAGGAUUUAACGAGGAGUACAGACGAGAUCCUUAACCAAACGAAGAAAUCCAUAGAUGACAUAGCGUCAAGUGCGAAAAAAUCAAUGGACGAUAUCUCGCAAAAGGCCAAAAAGAGUUUCGACGACAUACAAAAUCUACGACCGGGGAACUUCUCAGAAUUUUAGUGGAAUUGAGAAUUUAGGUUUUUUUACUUGAUUUUGUUGAAAUGACAAAGUAUUAGCAUUUAAUUUAUUUAAAUCUCAACUUAAGUGAUUUUAAAUUGUUUGUAAGGCUGAUUAGUUGGGUACAAUUUUUCAUCUGGAACGAGUGUCGUUUGUACGUGCAAACGGUCCUUGUUUUAGUUUUUGUCGGGAAAUUAGAACAGUUGCGAAAAAUUGUACAGCGUUGCCUGCUGUAGGAUUAUGUGAUGUACAUUAUUAAUUGUAAAUAAGUGUUAUAAAUAAUGAAAUUUAUUUAUUGACAUUCCUUGAAUGAAUGUUGUAGAAUAGCUCUGUACAUAAUUCUUGUUAAUAAAUUCUCGUGCACUGAA